GAAGCGUGCUCCCUAAUGCAGGUGAUAAUUCCUCCAUUAGAUCAAAGUUGCCAUAGUAGACCACAAACUGAAUUCAAUGACUUUCCAACUCAGGCUAAUCCAUUACAAGAUAAUCGAUUUUCUAGCUCUAUCUCUCUCCAAACACUGCUAAGUUUUCUCUCUCUCUCAGGGUUUUACUGUUGGAGAGUGUAUAUGCAGAGACCAACCACCGACGGAAUUAGUAUGGGGAAAAGGACUUUGGAGAAUGGUGAAGACGAUCAGCCAGAACGGAAGAGGCCUGCUCUUGCAAGUGUAAUUGUUGAAGCUCUCAAGGUGGACAGUUUGCAGAAGCUGUGCUCAUCCUUAGAACCUAUUCUUCGCCGAGUUGUGAGUGAAGAAGUGGAGCGUGCUUUGGCAAAGUUAGGUCCUGCAAGACUUAGUGGAAGAUCUUCCCCUAAAAUGAUUGAAGGUCCUGAUGGUAGAAACUUGCGGCUUCAAUUUAGGUCACGACUGUCUCUUCCCCUAUUUACAGGAGGAAAAGUGGAAGGCGAGCAGGGAGCUCCAAUUCAUGUUGUUCUGAUUGAUGCCAAUAGUCGAAAUGUUGUAACAACUGGACCUGAAUCCUGUAUAAAACUCGAUGUUGUUGUCCUUGAAGGCGAUUUUAACAAUGAAGAUGAUGAAGAUUGGACCCAAGAAGAUUUUGAAAGCCAUGUGGUGAAAGAACGUGAAGGAAAGAGACCUUUGUUGACUGGGGACCUGCAAGUGACACUCAAGGAAGGAGUUGGAACAUUGGGGGAACUAACAUUUACAGACAAUUCAAGCUGGAUAAGGAGCCGUAAAUUCAGGCUUGGCAUGAAGGUUGCAUCAGGUUUUGGCGAUUCUAUACGCAUUCGGGAAGCUAAGACAGUGGCUUUCACUGUUAAAGAUCAUAGAGGAGAAUUAUAUAAGAAGCAUUAUCCUCCUUCAUUGAGUGAUGAUGUAUGGAGAUUGGAGAAAAUAGGCAAGGAUGGGUCAUUUCACAAAAAGCUGAAUAAUGCAGGAAUAUACACCGUUGAAGACUUUCUUCGACUUGUGGUUAAGGAUCAACAGAAAUUGCGGAAUAUCCUUGGGAGUGGUAUGUCAAACAAGAUGUGGGAAGCCCUCUUAGAACAUGCAAAGACAUGUGUUCUAAGUGGGAAGCUUUAUGUUUAUUAUCCAGAAGAUUCAAGAAAUGUUGGUGUUAUUUUUAACCAUGUCUAUGAGCUGCGUGGCCUUAUCACAGGAGAGCAAUUCUUUUCUGCUGAUUCUCUCAGUGAUAGUCAGAAGAUUUACGUUGAUUCGUUGGUGAAGAAGGCAUACGACAAUUGGGAUCAGGUUGUAGAGUAUGAUGGCAAAUCACUUGUGGAUGCUGAGCAAGUUAACAAGUCUGUUGAAUCUGAAAAUGAACUUCAUGUUGAGUCAAUUGAUUAUGAUGUUGGUUUGGAUCAUCAACUGCAAAUGCCAGUGAUCCCAAUGUCUGUUACUUCUGGACAGCAGAUGAAUUCAGGGAUGCCAGUUGGUGGUUAUAACAAUAAUAUGGUGACGAGAUAUCCAAACCACCAGGCAUUGAUUGGAAAUUCCAGCUCUCGAAGUCAGUUCGAAGGCUCAUUAUAUCUGCCUACUGACCAGUUAGUAAGCAAUGCUCAUCAAUCCCAAAGCUCUAGCAAUGAUCAUAGCACAGUCGGGUUGGCUCUUGGUCCUCCUCAAUCAUCGACGUCAGGUUUCCAUGCCGGUAGCUCUUCUAUUCAACCAUCUGCUCUAAAUCCUUUUGAUGACUGGUCACACAACAGGGACAAGGGAGUUGAUGAUUUCUUUUCAGAGGAUGAAAUCCGUGUUAGAAGUAAUGAAAUACUAGAGAAUGAAGAUAUGCAGCACUUGCUUCGCCUUUUCAGCAUGGGAGGCCAUGCCUCCAUGAAUACUGAGGAUGGCUAUUCAUUCCCACCAUUCAUGCCAUCUCCUAUGCCGAACUUUGAUGAGGACCGCACUCGUCCUGGGAGAGCUGUUGUGGGAUGGCUGAAGAUCAAGGCAGCAAUGAGAUGGGGCUUCUUUAUCAGGAAGAUAGCAGCUGAGAAGCGGGCUCAGAUAGAGGAAUUAGAUGAAUAGGUUGUUUGGACAAGUGAUAGUAGGCUUAACAGAUAGCCUUAAAAAAAUUCUGAUCGUCAAAUUUUGUUGUCUUCUAAAGUGUCGCAACAAAAUUGUGCAGUCCAUGGUAUCGACAUUCUUGAUUUAUGCCUCUGUAUCUGAUUUUACAGCAUAUUUGUCGAAGUUCCUGUACAGUACGUUCAAGCUUAGGAAAAACCGUGAUUGUAAUCUGUUUUUUGACUUUCUUGUCAAUACUCCUCUCUAUUACCUUUCAAUUUCUUCUGGGUUUAGGGAUGAUGCGUUUGCUGAACACCUGUCAGAUUUGAGAUGAAAACUUAGGUUCGUCAUUUCAAUUGAUUAAUGUAUAUUAAUUGUGAGUUACUCCAUUUCCUAGUUAUGUUACUAUAACAUUAUAAUUGUGGAUUGCACUAGUACAUGACGUUGUUAAUGGUUUCUGGUUAA